CUAGAAAAAAAAACAAAAAAAAAUCUUGUUGAGGAUGAUAUUGAUGCGCAAGGCGCGAGCUAUGUCAUCACUGUCAUGUUUAUUUCUCGCCCAAUCACUCCCACUUGCUCUCACCAGUCCUCGUAACACCACCACUCGUGCUCCCAUUUUCGAAUCUUCUCGCAAUCUCUCCGCCUCUUUCACUCGAAACACUCCGGGUAAUACUUGUCCAAUUUCGCGUUCUGGAUUUUCUGGUUCUCAAUUUCGUUCAAAAUCAUCAGCAAGUGGCGUUAUGCUAACCAGUCAAAACUCAGAGUCUAUAACUUACCUCACGCAGCGUGAUGCUGCUGAGAUUGACGAGAUUCUCAUGGGACCACUCGGUUUUAGCGUCGAUCAGCUAAUGGAAUUAGCUGGUUUAAGCGUCGCUGCUUCCGUAGCAGAGGUUUACGAACCAAGCGAGUAUAAUCGAGUACUUUCUAUCUGUGGUCCAGGGAACAAUGGCGGGGAUGGCUUAGUAGCAGCUCGUCAUUUGCAUCAUUUUGGAUACAAAUCGUUUGUUUGUUAUCCUAAGCGUACUUCCAAACCUCUUUAUACUGGUUUGGUUACUCAGCUGGAAUCACUGUCGAUCCCUUUCUUGGCAGUGGAAGAUCUACCUUUGGACCUGUCAAACGAUUUUGACAUUGUAUUAGAUGCUAUGUUUGGAUUUUCAUUCCAUGGUGCCCCAAGACCACCUUUUGAUGAUCUAAUUCAAAAGUUGGUUCACGUGCAUAAGCUUAAUCAAACUCGUGAAAAGUCCUCAGCUAUUAUCUCUGUAGAUAUUCCAUCUGGCUGGCAUGUUGAAGAAGGCGAUAUCGGUGGUGAUGGAAUUAGACCUGAUAUGCUGGUUUCUUUGACUGCCCCAAAGCUGUGUGCAAAGAAAUUUUCUGGCACACACCACUUUCUUGGUGGUAGGUUUGUCCCACCACCUAUUGUUGAAAAAUUUAAGCUGCAUCUUCCUCCAUAUCCCGGCACUUCUAUGUGUGUUCGAAUUGGAAAGCCUCCACAAAUUGAUAUAUCAGCUCUUAGGGAGAAUUAUAUUUCUCCUGAAUUUCGUGAGGAGGAGGUGGAGGCUAACCCCAUCGAUCAGUUUCGUAAAUGGUUUGAUGAUGCUGUGGCUGCUGGGUUGAAGGAGCCGAAUGCUAUGGCCUUGUCAACUGUGGGAAAGAAUGGAAAACCCUCAUCAAGGAUGGUACUGUUGAAAGGAGUCGAUAAGGAUGGAUUUGUCUGGUACACCAAUUAUGAGAGCACAAAGGCACGAGAAUUAUCUGAAAAUCCUCAAGCAUCGCUUCUUUUCUACUGGGAUGGCCUUAAUCGGCAGGUAAGAGUGGAAGGAUCUGUCCAGAAAGUUUCAGAUGAGGAAUCUGAAAGUUACUUCCAUAGCCGUCCUCGAGGAAGUCAGAUUGGAGCAAUAGUUAGCAAGCAGAGCACUGUAGUUCCUGGAAGGCAUGUCCUACACCAGCUAUACAAAGAACUAGAGGCAAAGUUCUCCAAUAUGAGUUUGAUCCCAAAACCUAAACACUGGGGAGGAUACAGGCUUACACCGAAAAGUUUUGAAUUUUGGCAAGGACAAAAGUCUCGCUUGCAUGACAGGUUGCAGUACAUUCCUGAGGAGAUCAAUGGAAAACAAGUUUGGAAAAUUGUGCGGCUGGCUCCAUGACUAGUAUUUUCAGCUUCUUCAUUGUGAAGUUCAUCACUGAUGGUAUCUCGUUGCCUGCGGCUAUAGUUUUGUAUUUUGUUUGUUUCAUAGUAAGAUGCAUGUCUAAUCUAUGGUGCUUUUUCUCUCUCUAUAUCUUCGAAGUCUUUAUUCACUAUGUUGGCAGCAUUCCUGGAGUUUUUUUUCCAUACAAGUAACCAAUUGCAACUUUCUGAAGAAGCACACUAUUGAAUAAGAUUGAGAACCUGAAAUAUAUUGGAUAAGUCUUAAUGAAAGGCUGCACCGAGGGUUGAAUCUGCAACUGCAGGUCAAUUGGACGACCAGUUAUGAGUGAUAGCUGGUGCAAUGUCAGUGAAAGAAUGUAAGAUGUCCAAAAUACGGGAUGGCGCAGCAUAGGCUGUUGCUGAUGCUCUUAAUUAUUGUUAGUAAGUCACCAGUUGUAAUGAUCUUACAAGUGAUUGAAUAACAUGGCUCGCACCACAUCACAGGUUCUACUACUGGCACGAAAACUAUGUUUCAACUUUCUCAUUUUUAUUGUGGACAAAUAUUUCCUUAACAUUGCCACAUUUAGCAUUUUUACUAAUGAAGUUCGAUGCACAAGAUUUACAUCA